AUUAAAUAUUAAAAAUAUUAAGUUAUAUUAAGUAAGUGAAAAUAAGAAAGAGUCGUUAUCGGUUCGUUCCAAAACGGAUCCAAUUGAAAAGGAAAAGCAAUGAUCCAAGUUGGAAUGAUUUUAAAAUCCAAUUCUUCUUUCUAUCCCAUAGUUUUCCAUGAAAGAGAAUUUCAUUUGUGAAUGAAGUUACAAGACAGAGUUCGUAUUACUAUACGAGUUGUUCAAUCAAUUUGUUGAUUCGGAAUCACGAGAUCAGUAGAUGUCACAGACGAGGAAUUCAUAAGGAAUUCAUAGUAAGGUAAAUUUACUAUUGAUUUUUCCUUCGUCACAUCACGUUUGUUAGUCCUGUUUAUAAUGAAAUGACUGAGAAAUCAAAAGAAAACAAAUUAAAUUAGGACUAACUCUUUCAAUUUGGAUUUUUUCUUAUCAUCGUAGCUCGGUAUCUCGCAAAAACGGAAACUUAGGCAAGUGCUUUAUAAACAUAUGUAUAAAAAGAACGUAUCUCAUUUAGUUCCUUCAUGCCUACUAUAGCUAGUUAUUUCGGUUUUCUACUGACUGCUUCAACUAUAACCCCAGCUCUAUUUAUUGGUCUGAGCAAGAUACGACUUAUUUGAAAUUAAUUGAAUGAACAAUCAAAUCAGAAAAAUGAGAAUUUUAAAAUUCAGAUUUCUGUAAGAUUCCAUUCCAGGUAUUCUAUGGUUUUGACUUCCAGCAUCAAUUGAAAAUUCGUGGACGUUGAGAUUACUGGGUGAUGCAGAUUAUUAUUUGGAUUAGAGAUAGAUAUUACCUUUUCUCCCCUUUCAAACAAGACAACAAAUCGAAAUGAUUGAAGUUUUUUUAUUUGGAAUCGUGUUAGGUCUAAUUCCUAUUACUUUAGCCGGAUUGUUUGUAACUGCAUAUUUACAAUACAGACGCGGCGAUCAGUUGGACUUUUGAUUGAGUAAGAUUUCUUUUUUCUUGUCAUUGACCUCCUAUCCUUGACCCUCAGGAGGUCAAAUUGAAUUCGAUUGAUGUUCGCAAUUCAAGUUAAUGUGAUUCGAUACAAAGUAGCAUCACGCUCUGUAGGAUUUGAACCUACGACAUCGGGUUUUGGAGACCCGCGUUCUACCAAACUGAACUAAGAGCGCUUUAUCACGACAAGAGAUAAUCUUUUCCCAAUACUUCUUAGCUUGCAUAUAGUAUCAUUAAAUGAUACUAAUGAUCAUGCCAUCCCCAAUUUCAAUUGAUCCCAUGUUACUGCCUGUAAGAUAAGUAAUAGGUAGGGAUGACAGGAUUUGAACCCGUGACAUUUUGUACCCAAAACAAACGCGCUACCAAACUGCGCUACAUCCCUUUCAAUUGUUGUACAGUGUCAUUGUAGAGAAUCCCUGUCUUCUUUUCCACACCGUUAUUUCCUUUAAAUAUAUCUAUAUACAUUUCUCUUGCCAUUUUUUCUUUUUGGUCUCAUAACAUAAAAUAAAAGAGUUAGAAUUAUGUAUAUAUGAAAUCCAAGGUGAAAUACAACGUAUAAAAGAAUGAGUAUUUAUAUGCUCAAGAACAAAAAAAAAAUAACGGAACGGGGCACUUACUUUUUCUUUUAUUCAGGGGCAGGAGUAUCUCAUCUACUGGAUCGUUGUACAUAUCCAUUUUAGUUAAUUAAGGAUUCCGCACACAAAUACAAGUGAUCCACAACUAUAUAUAUAAUAUAUCUGAUCAUAUAUGUGUUAAAUAAAGAAGGAGGAUUUUCAAUGCGAGAUAUCAAAACAUACCUUUCCGUAGCGCCUGUGCUAACUACUCUAUGGUUCGGUUCUUUAGCAGGUCUAUUGAUAGAGAUCAAUCGUUUAUUCCCAGAUGCGUUGACAUUCCCCUUUUUUUCAUUCUAGUUAUCGGUGUGGUAUUAUCGAUGUGGUAGAAGAUGUUGGCUAACAAUAGCAAUAAAUUCUCUGUUUGUUAAAUAGCCCCUGUCCCUCCCUUCACUUUUGUUGAGUAGGGAAAUAGAAAGAAUAAAAGUGAAUUAAACCUCAGCAAAACUCGGAUUCGGGGUAGAAGAAAUAGAGGGAGAACAGAAAUAGAAAUGUGGAUCUAGGCUUGGAUAUUCAAGAUUAGAUAAGAUACUUAAAUUAAGUGAUACUGAAAUAAAAUACUGAGAUUAGGAAUAGUAAUUGAAUUGUAGUAAAUAGUUGUAUUACGUAUUACUCUAUUCUAUUGAUUACAACUUGCAACGAAAUCUUUCAUAAUUAGAUUUCCAGUUAGCAACUUCUAUUUUUUUCCUUUCUCCUUUCUUCUUCUUCGGAUUGAAGAAGAGAAGAAAGAGUUGGGGGAAUCCAAAAUACAAAGGAGGUUUAUGCCCAAGGGUAAAAAUCCCAGAGUUACGGUUAUUUUGGAAUGUACCAGUUGUGUCCGAAAUGGUGCCGAUAAGAAGAAGGAAUCACCGGGCAUUUCCAGAUAUAUUACUCAAAAGAAUCGACACAAUACACCUGGUCGAUUGGAAUUGAAGAAAUUCUGUCCCUAUUGUUACAAACAUACGAUUCACGGGGAGAUAAAGAAAUAGAUUGAAUGCGGUGUUGCCUUGCGUGUGCCAACAUUUUAAGGAACGGGAAGGAAUUACAUAUAACAUAUCUAGGAGCAAAUAAAAUGCCAUUUCGGGCGGAUCCGAGAUGAAUGAAGAAAUGGUAUUUUAGAGAAGAAAUGGUAUUUUAGAGAUAAGGAAUAAACCAUGGAGAAAUUCAAGCGACCCUUUCGUAAAUCCAAGCGAUCUUUUCGUAGGCGUUUGCCCCCAAUUGGGUUGGGGGAUCGAAUUGAUUAUAGAAACAUGAGUUUAAUUAGUCGAUUUAUUAGUGAACAAGGAAAAAUAUUACCUAGGCGAGUGAAUAGAUUGACCUUGAAACAACAACGAUUAAUUACUAUUGCUAUAAAACAAGCUCGUAUUUUAUCUUUGUUACCUUUUCUUAAUAAUGAGAAACAAUUUGAGAGAGCCGAGUCGAUUUCUAGAACUACCGGCACUAGAACCAGAAAAAAAUAGAAAUAGGACCACUCUUCAAUCGAAUCAGAACUCAAAUCAUAACUCAAAUUGAUGUGAUACUUUGUUCGUAAGAUCCGGAGCUCAUAUUCAAUUGUCGUGUCGGAAGAAAAAAGAAAGAAUGGGGGAAGAAGACCCAUUUCUUUAUUGAAAUGGGUUCGUUCAUUCCUACUACAUUUUAUUUUCCUUUACAUUGCUAUUUUGACUCUACCUUCCCGGGGUCAUUCUCCGGGAAACUCUGUUUCAUUUCAAUUAUUCCGUCGGACUCCUCCCGAUCAAUCUCCUUAUUUAAGGAUAUCAUUGGAAAUCAUGUAAAGGCAAUUCCUAUUUGAUAUAGCUAUUUGUGCAAGUAUUUUACGAUUAAGAAGGAGCUGCUUCUUGCGCAGAUCGUGUAUUAAUCGACUAUAGGGUACCCCAUUCUCGCGGGUUACUGCAUUUAUCCGAGUGAUCCACAAACGACGAAAAUCUCGCUUUUGCCUUCCUCUACCCCUAUGGCUGGAAACCAAAGCCCUUAUUUUCUGUUGAGUAGCAGUUCGAGUAAGUCUUGAAUGAGCUCCUCGAAAGCUUGAUGCAAAUAAACGAAUUUUCCUUCGACGCCUCCGCGCAAUAUAUCCACGUCUAACUCUUGUCAUAGUUUAAAAUGGGACUUUGAUGAAUAAGAUUUUCAUGAAUAACUAAUUGAUUUUCAUUUCUUUUCUUUCAGUCAUUCUUUUUCCUUCUCUUGGUCUAAGCAAAACGGAUUCUUCCGGUGUAUAAAAUAAAAAUUCCGAUGGCUUUCUUUUGCUACUAUAACCUUCCCAACCACGAUUUGUUAUUUCUUACAGGCAGUUCAUUUCCCCAUGAAUAAAUAGUGGGUUCCAUCGUUUCUAUGGUUACUUCUUAAACGGCGAGGUCCUAUCUAUACACCGGAGCCCUUUCCCUCAUUUAAUCAAUGUUAUUGGUAACUUGUACAGUUCACACCAUUUGGCUCUACCCAUGAAUUAGCCAGUAAUAGGUCUUUUCACAACGAGAUCUAUCCAUACAGUGACGGUAUUUAAUUAUGAAGGUUGGCUAGGUAGCUGACCCUAUCAGUCCGUUCUUUCAUAAGUAAGAGCACCAAUAUAACUUUAUGCUUUUUAAAUACUAUUUCCCCGCUUAAUGGAUAACCAUUCGCUACCAAUGAGGAAUCGCUUUUCAUCCCAAAUUCAAAUCAAGGCGAUUGGAUUUGCACCAAUGGAAACCAUAAAUUCCAUACACAAUAGAGGUAUAUGAUAGAUUAGAUCUUUUUUAAAAAUGUAGUUCUUCCAUUCUACCCCAUUCAUUUUCAUUGGCACUGGUCAUUGAUACUGGAAAAAUGGUUUAGUUUAGGUCACAGUUCAUGAUCUGAACGAGUCACACAUACACCCUAGUACAUGUUCCUCUACGCUGAGGGCAUCCUCGAAGAGCAGGAGAUUUCGUGACAUUUCUCAUUGGCUGUCUUGUGUUUCUAAUAAGUUGUUUAAUAGUUGGCAUGCUGAAUCGUAUAUAGAAUCGGUUGGUUUAGAUCGAUCCUAACCUGAUGAUUAUGAAUUACUUUCAUUUGAGUUGAAGAUUCUACUUCGAACCAUGGUUCGAAGUAGAAUUACCGAUUUACACAAAAUCCGCGCUAUUUUCGACUGCUACAAGAUCAACAAUGCCAUGAGCUUGGGCUUCUGUUGCUGACAUAAAAACAUCCCUUUCCAUGUCUUCAGAUACAACCCAUAAAGGUUUGCCCGUUCUUUGUACAUAAACUCUUGUUAGUAUUUCGCGAAGUUUCAACAGUUCUUCCGCUUCCAGGAUAAAUUCUCCUGCUUGUGCCUCAUAAAAAGAACUAGCAGGUUGGUGGAUCAUAACCCUGAUUAUAAUAUGUCAUAAUGAACGAUUCCUCUAUCUCGCAAAAUGGAGCGAAAAGAAUAAAUAAAAAUAAAAAAAGAUAGAAAACCGUACAGGCAAUUUUUGCACAUUGCAUACGGCUCCGCAAUGGAAUCUACUCUUCUCUUACAUCAAAGAAAGAGACAAAUAGAUCUAUCAGAUCCAAAUCGUUGGAUGAUCCAUUUACCACCCUUCUCCUCGUAGGAACAAAAAAAUACUAUGAUGGUUCCGUUGCUUUAGAUAAUAUAUUCAUCUCUCUUCUAUGAUUCAGCAAUCCCAAAGUUUCUUUCUGGUCUGAGUCUGAUUAAAUAAGAAAAAUGAUAAGGAAAAUGAUCCCUUUCUUUUCAUGCUUAGAAAUAUUCAGACUCAUGUUGUGUAAGGAAAAGGGGUUGUUUGUGACGCUGAAAUGGACCCCCGAUAAAUAACAUAGGAAUAAGAUCAAAUCGGGACUAACCUUUUGUUUCAUACUACUAUCUCGAUACAUAAUCAUGUUAUGAAGAAGCAAUAAUGAUUUGCUCAUAUCGAACUAAACGUGCCAUGCUAUUAUUACUUAUAUAUUCCAUAUGGCGAAGGCAUAGUCUUAUUUUUUCUUCAAGUCAAAUAAAAACUCAUUGGCGCCGAGCGUGAGGGAAUGCUAGACGUUUGGUAAAUUCUCCUCCGACCAGGAUGAAAGAUCCCAUCGAAGCGGCUAAUCCCAUGCAUAUUGUAUGUACGUCUGGUGGAACAAUUUGCAUAGCAUCAUAAAUAGCUAUUCCCGGUAUUACCCAUCCGCCGGGAGAAUUUAUAAACAAAUAGAGAUCCCUGGUAUUAUCUUCCAUACUGAGAUAUACCAUGAGACCAACAAGUUGAUUCGAGAUCUCGCUAUCAACGCCUUGGCCUAAAAAAAGUAAUCUUUCUCGAUGAAGUCGGUUGAUUAGGAAAAAUUGUAUCCCCGCAGAACCGUACACGCACCUUUCGAUACAUACGGUUCAAAAAAGUUCGAAAAAAAAAUAAUCAAUGUGUCGAUUCCAGACCUAUUCUUUUUGAGUUUAGGCGUUUUCCUGACGAAGGGGUUUAUUUUCAUUUGCAUUUUCCACAAAAAUUAGUUUUGGUUUGCCCUCCUAACCUACAAAAAAGAAUUCACUGAACAUCUUUUUAUUGAUGUAUUCUUUUGAUUGAUGUAUUGUUUCAUCGAGAUCCAAAUCGCGAUGCCAUUUUCUUGUUCCUGAAUGGGCCUCUUCACUUAUUUUAGGUUUAUGCUCUACUCCGGGUAAAGAUUCGCCCGAAUUCCAUUUGCACAUAUAGGACAAAUGACCCCAGUACCACUUAUUUUUUUCUUACGACUUUUUUAUGCCUUCCACCAACCAAGUAUUCGAUGUAUUCAUCACAUUUAUAUUUAUUAGUGGUUUGAGAUCACUCCUAUGGUCUUAUUUCUGAUAGAUGAUAGAAGUUGUAAUCAAUAUUACCCAUUUGGUAUUUUCUGAACGGAGCCUGGAUACUUCAUUUUAUUGUUCCAAGUCAACCAUAGAUUAUUCUAAUUGAUAAGAUAAUAUUUAUCUUUCAAACGAAUUGAUCCAUUUGCACAUUUCACGCUCCGAAUUAUUGAAUUGAUUUGAUGAUUCAAUCAAUCUUUCUUAGGCGAAAGAGAGUAUAUCUCGAUCAGGGGAGAGAACGGGGAAAUCCCAUAUGACCCAAUAUGUCCGACAAGUCGCACUAUAUGUCAACCCAAACUGCAUCUUCCUCUCCAGGACUCCGAAAAGGGACUUUUGGAACACCAAUGGGCAUUACAUUAAAGAAAACGGGGUUAAGUACUAUACUUCACUUUGAUGUGGAAACGUAACAAUGGGUUUAUUGUCCUCAUAAUAUUUUUGUUUAUCAUAUUUUAUACAUAGAUUGGAAGACUCAUGUAGGAAGACAGAAUGAAAAAAAGAAAAUUCUUAGGGACGGAGCGGAUCCUUCGAAUGAUGAACAAGUAUCUAAUGGAUUCACUUAAAAAAAUGGGACCAAUCCCCCCAUUGCGUAUUGGUACUUAUCGGGUAUAAAAUAAAUCUGCUUCUCUUUGUUCCUGCGAACAGAACGGAAUUGUUCCAUUAUUACUAUCACCUGCGGCACGUAAUAAAUGUGAACCCUUGCACCGAGAUAAUCACUGAAUGAGGUCCAUAGCAUAGUCUUUUCCAAUGUGACAAAGUUACAUAGUGUCUAUUUUUCUUUGAUGAAGGGGUAUUUCCAUGGGUUUGCCUUGGUAUCGUGUUCAUACUGUCGUAUUGAAUGAUCCUGGUCGCUUGCUUUCUGUCCAUAUAAUGCAUACAGCUCUAGUUUCUGGUUGGGCCGGUUCUAUGGCUCUAUACGAAUUAGCUGUUUUUGAUCCCUCUGAUCCCGUUCUUGAUCCAAUGUGGCGACAAGGUAUGUUCGUUAUACCCUUCAUGACUCGUUUAGGAAUAACCAAUUCAUGGGGCGGUUGGAGUAUUACAGGAGGAACUGUAACCAAUCCGGGUAUUUGGAGUUACGAAGGUGUUGCCGGGGCACACAUUGUGUUUUCUGGCUUGUGCUUCUUGGCAGCUAUCUGGCAUUGGGUGUAUUGGGAUCUAGAAAUAUUCUGUGAUGAACGUACGGGAAAACCCUCUUUGGAUUUGCCCAAGAUCUUUGGAAUUCAUUUAUUUUUAUCUGGGGUGGCUUGCUUUGGGUUUGGUGCAUUUCAUGUAACAGGUUUGUAUGGCCCUGGAAUAUGGGUGUCUGAUCCUUAUGGGCUAACCGGAAAAGUGCAACCUGUAAGUCCUUCAUGGGGCGCGGAGGGUUUUGAUCCUUUUGUUCCGGGGGGGAUAGCUUCUCAUCAUAUUGCAGCGGGCACCUUGGGAAUAUUAGCGGGUCUAUUCCAUCUUAGUGUUCGCCCGCCCCAACGUCUAUACAAAGCAUUACGUAUGGGCAAUAUUGAAACUGUGCUUUCCAGUAGUAUCGCUGCUGUGUUUUUUGCAGCUUUCGUUGUUGCUGGAACUAUGUGGUAUGGUUCAGCGACUACUCCGAUCGAAUUAUUUGGUCCUACUCGUUAUCAGUGGGAUCAGGGAUAUUUCCAGCAAGAAAUAUAUCGAAGAGUUAACGCCGGGCUAGCUGAAAAUCUGAGUUUAUCGGAAUCUUGGUCUAAAAUUCCCGAUAAACUAGCUUUUUAUGAUUAUAUCGGUAAUAAUCCGGCGAAAGGAGGAUUGUUCAGAGCCGGCUCAAUGGACAACGGGGAUGGAAUAGCUGUUGGGUGGUUAGGACACCCUGUCUUUAGAGAUAAAGAGGGGCAUGAACUUUUUGUACGUCGUAUGCCUACCUUCUUUGAAACAUUUCCGGUAGUUUUGGUAGAUGGAGACGGAAUUGUGAGAGCCGAUGUUCCUUUUAGAAGGGCAGAAUCCAAGUAUAGUGUCGAACAAGUGGGUGUAACUGUUGAGUUCUAUGGUGGUGAACUCGAUGGAGUCAGUUAUAAUGAUCCUGCUACUGUGAAAAAAUAUGCUAGACGUGCCCAAUUGGGUGAAAUUUUUGAAUUGGAUCGCGCUACUUUGAAAUCCGAUGGUGUUUUUCGUAGUAGUCCAAGGGGUUGGUUCACUUUUGGACAUGCUUCGUUUGCUUUGCUUUUCUUUUUCGGCCACAUUUGGCAUGGUGCUAGAACCUUGUUCAGAGAUGUUUUUGCUGGUAUCGACCCAGAUUUAGAUGCUCAAGUGGAAUUUGGAACCUUCCAAAAACUGGGGGAUCCAACUACAAGGAGACAAGUAGUCUGAUACAACAUUUCUUUCAUAUGUCUAGCCUAUGUUUCAUAUAGGGUACUGGAGAAAUAUUAAUUCGAAUCAUCACCUAUUACUCUUGACCUUUACUUGUCUGGGAAAUGAUCCCAAAUGAACAGGUAUGGAAGCUAUAAUUGUAAAACACGAUCGAAUCUAUGGAAGCAUUGGUUUAUACAUUCCUGUUGGUCUCGACUCUGGGGAUAAUAUUUUUUGCUAUCUUUUUUCGAGAACCGCCUAAGGUUCCAAAUAAAAAGAUGAAAUGAUUUUUCAUUAUCUCAAUUGAAAUGAUGACCCUCCGAUGAGGAGGGUCAUCAUUUCAACUAGUCCCCGUGUUCCUCAAAUGGAUCUCUUAGUUGUUGAGAGGGUUGCCCAAAGGCGGUAUAUAAGGCAUACCCCGUAAAGCUUACAAGUAAACCAGAUAUGAAGAUGGCGACUAGAGUUGCAGUUUCCAUUAUUAAGUGAUUUCAAGACCACGAUGGAUCUACGAUAAGAUAGUUUAUUUACAACGGAAUCGUAUACAAAGUCAACAGAUCUCAAACAAUGCACGGAAUAGGAUUUAUGGCUACACAAACCAUUGAGGGUAGUUCCAGAUCUGGGCCAAGACGGACUAUUGUAGGCGAUUUAUUAAAACCAUUGAAUUCGGAAUAUGGUAAAGUAGCCCCUGGAUGGGGAACUACACCCCUUAU